AUGGCGUGGUGGCCUAUUGGCGCCUCCCUCUUUGCCAGCAGUGAAGGAUCAGGGCUCUUUAUUGGAUUGGCUGGGACUGGAGCUGCUGGGGGAAUUGCUGUCGCUGGCUUUGAAUGGAAUGCUACCUAUGUCCUGCUGGCAUUGGCCUGGGUGUUUGUACCAGUCUACAUCUCCUCGGGGAUCGUCACCAUGCCGGAGUAUCUCCAGAGACGGUUCGGAGGGGAGAGAAUCCGGAUGUACCUCUCAGCCCUGUCACUCCUGCUCUCCGUCUUCACCAAAAUAUCAACAGAUCUGUACUCAGGGGCCCUGUUUGUACAAGUUUGCCUGGGCUGGAACCUCUACCUCUCCACCGUCCUGAUGCUGGUGGUCACAGCUCUCUACACCAUUGCUGCGUUUAGCAAGAUCGGAGGAUACCAGAACCUGGCAGAGGCUUAUUUAAAGGCUGUUCCGGCCAAGAUUAUCCCCAACACAACAUGUCACCUGCCCAGAGUGGACGCCAUGCACCUCUUCCGAGAUCCCGUCUCCGGAGACCUCCCCUGGACUGGCAUGACUCUCGGGCUGUCUGUCUUGGCCACUUGGUACUGGUGCACCGACCAGGUCAUUGUGCAGAGGUCUCUCUCGGCUAAGAACCUGAGUCAUGCCAAGGCCGGCUCCAUCCUGGCGAGCUAUUUGAAAAUGCUGCCGCUGGGGGUUAUCAUCAUGCCCGGGAUGAUCAGCCGGGUUCUCUAUCCAGGUGAGCACAUCCUGAAUGAGAGAAAUCAGAUAGGCAGCAGCCGUGGGGACGCCGUCAGCUGCGUUGAUCCCGACGAGUGCAUCCGAGUGUGUGGGUCCGAGGUGGGCUGCUCCAACAUCGCUUACCCCAAGCUGGUGGUCGAACUGAUGCCCAGUGGGCUGCGAGGGUUAAUGAUUGCAGUGAUGAUGGCUGCCCUGAUGUCCUCCCUGACCUCAGUAUUCAACAGCAGCAGCACCCUCUUCACCAUGGACAUCUGGAGGAAGAUCCGGAGGAAUGCCGAGGAGCGGGAGCUGCUUCUGGUGGGAAGGAUAGUCACAGUGGUUCUGGUCGCCAUCAGCGUGGUCUGGAUCCCCAUCCUGCAGAGCUCCAACAGCGGCCAGCUGUACAUCUACAUCCAGUCUGUGACCAGCUGCCUAGCUCCGCCCAUCACGGCUGUGUUCGCCCUGGCCGUUUUCUGGAGACGAGCCAAUGAGCAGGGAGCUUUCUGGGGCCUGAUGUUGGGGCUGGUGCUAGGCCUGGCUAGGAUGGGGCUGGAGUUUGUGUAUCCUUCACCCCGCUGUGGCAUCCCGGAUGAGCGCCCCUCCCUCGUGAAGGACGUUCACUACCUCCACUUCGCCAUCCUCCUCUGUGCUCUGACUGCUGGCGCCGUGGUGGGGAUCAGCUUGCUGAGCAGGCCCCCCGCCGAGAUGCAGAUAAAGAACCUCACCUGGUGGACCAUUUCCCGGGGGCUCCCCAGGGGGCGAAGACUGAGGGAUCCCCAGCAAAGGCUCUGAGGGACACCACAGAGGCCCCCUUCUGGGCUAGGAUCUGCUGCAUCAAUGCUGUGAUCCUGAUCUCCGGAUGGCCCUCCUAAAAUUGGAAAUGGAAACCAGCCACCUCACGGCAGGUUCUGUGUAUACCCCCCUCCCUUGUGUUACCUCAGAAUAACUUUUUAUUUUCUCAGAAUUAAAAUGCAGUUUGCAGCUAGAAAUUAUAUCUGCCUGACCAUCCCCUGUGGGCACCCCAUGACAAUGCCAUCUGCUUGGUUGCUUGCAAAUAAUCACUGAAUUAUUGAACUGUGCGGCUCCAGCACUGAAAUCUGGGGGGUUUCCCAUCAGUCCUGCAAGCGCUGCCUUUCUGGAGGCUGUACUUCUGGGGAGUGAAGCAAUAUUAGCCAAUGAGCUCUGGCCUAAUGGGAUGAUGUCACUGCAGAAAUAGCUGGUGUGUGUCUGCAUACUCAAUUUCCCGGGAUAUGACACAGGCUA